AGCGGGGCCCCCGGUACCACGCCACCUCCCUAAACCAACGCCGGCAACUCCCGAGACCGGGCCCCGGAAAGCCAGGAGUCUAAGGGGCAGUGCCGCCAAGGCUCCGCCUGUGCCCGUCCUCCACUCACCUUAGGCCGGGACCCCGUGGUUACCAGCAGGCGCCGCCAUGACAGCGUCCCCGCAGCUGCGCGUAUCGCGAGAUCGUACGGAUCCUUCAUAGGUCAAAAAGCCUACGUUCGCGGCGGGUGGAGAAGGGCUGUCUCAGAGAGGAGAGAGCCCACCUAAGAGGGUGACUCGUUUUUGUAGCUGCAGGGAUAGGAACGGGGCAGACCGCAGAGGUUUUAAAUGCAACGUAUGAUCACGUACCCCCACACUGGGCGCCGCUGGGCUCAGCCUCAGUGCGCCUGCGCCAGCCCUCCGCGGCGGGGUUGCUAGGAAACCGCGGUCCCGGCGGCGGCGGCGUCCCCAUGGCCAAGUUCGUGCUCGCGGGUAGAGCAGAUUGCCAAUAUUAUGCUAAAGCAGAACUUCUGGCAGACUAUUUACAAAAGAACCUUCCUGAUUUUCGGAUACAUAAAAUUACGCAGCAUCCUCAUGUUUGGGAGGAGUGGCUGAAACAUUUGUGUGAAAAGAAUAAGUGGAGUCACAAAACCUCCCCCAUCAUCUGGAGAGAGCUGCUGGAUCGUGGAGGAAAGGGCUUGCUUUUGGGGGGCUACAAUGAGUUCCUGGAGCAUGCCCAGCUUUACUACGGUGUCACCUCCAGCAUGACGACUGAGCUGAUGAAGGCAAUUGCCCAAGAGAACCUGGAGACACACAUAGAAAAGGAGCUGGAGGGAGAAGCCCUGAAAGGUCUCCUCAGCCCCCUGCAGGUCUGGAUCACCAGUGCGUCUGCGCCUGCCUGCUACAACCUCAUUCCCAUCUUGACCAGCGGGGAAGUGUUUGGAACACAUACGGAAAUUAGCAUAACUCUAUUUGACCAAAAGGAGGCAGAAGAAAAUCUCAACAUGCUCAUGUCAGAGAUUCGGGACCUGGUGUCUCCCUUCCUCCGGAGUGUCUCCGUCUGCACCAGGGUGGAGGAGGCCUUCCUCCAGGCGCAUGUGGUCAUCGUCCUGGACGACAGCACCGACAAGGAGGUGCACAGCCUGGAAGACUGCAUCCGCAGCAGGGUCCCUCUGUGCCGGCUCUACGGAUACCUGAUGGAGAAGAACGCCCACGAGUCUGUCCGAGUCAUCGUGGGAGGAAAGACCUUUGUCAAUCUUAAAACGGUUCUGCUCACGAGAUAUGCCCCCCACAUUGCACACAACGUUGUCGCCGUGGCGCUGGGGGUGGAGGGCCAGGCCAAAGCCGCGCUGGCCAGGAAACUGGGCACCACGCCUUCAUCCAUCAAAGACGUGAUCAUUUGGGGGAAUAUUAGUGGAAAUAACUACGUUGACCUGAGACAAGCCAAGGUUUACAGACGUGAGAGUGCCAUUUGGGGCCCUCCACACUACUCACGCCCUGUCUUACACUUGAUUUCUGACAGUGAGUGGGUAAACGGAGAAUUUGUGGCGACUCUGAAAAAGUUGACGGCCACAGGAGAGCAAUUUGGAGCCAUCUUAGCUGCACACAGCAUAGCCACGACGCUAAAAUACUGGUACCACGGCUCUCCGCCCGGGGAGGUCGUGUCUCUAGGAGUAUUGAGUGAAGGCCAGUUUGGUGUUCCCGAAGGGAUCGUCUUCUCUAUGCCUGUGAAGUUCGAGAAUGGAACUUGGGAGGUUCUUACAGAUCUCAAAAAUAUUGAAAUAAAUGAGCGAAUAAUGACCAGAAUGACAAGUGAUCUGAUCCAGGAGAAACUUGUUGCGCUUGGAGAUUUGAUAAAUUUUCAGCCAUAUCAAUCAGAAGCUGACUUAGCCUUAAAAGAUGAAAAGACCGCUGUACCCACCACAGAUGACAACCAGGAAGGUCAAAGAGAGUCAGGUGAACGUAAAGAUAGCAUGUAUUCUGAUCUAAUCCAAGAUGAAGAAAAAGAUCUAGUUAUGUCAGAUGAUGUUACUGCAGUAGCUUCUAAAGACCUGAUUCCUCAAACCGUCUCUGAAAAGCCACACAGUCAAGAACCUGCAGAUGAGUCUGAAGGCAAAAGUGUGGAACAGUAACAAAUCAAAUUAGACCAACUAUGAAAUUAUUUGGCAGUGUAGUAAAUAUAGAAAGACCCAUGAGUGCCUAUACUUAGGGAAGAAUAAUUUGAAAGAUUUACUUCAGUCUUAGAUCGUAUUAUGCUAGCCAAUUAAAUAACAGUGACAGCACACAAAAAAGUCAGCUUUUAAUCGUUUGUUACCUGGAUCCACUGAUAUGUUUACCUAUGACUGCAUUUUCUCAUAAAUUGUUCGGGGUCAAUUGCUAUUUUUCCAACUACGUUAAAAUGGAGUUGUCAGUCAUUGCAUCCUUGCUCAUACAUCCUCCUGAGAGAGCCUCUUCCUCCUGCAGCCCGUACCUGAGGCAUGGGCCCAGGUGGCCGUGUUUGCUCAGAUGGCCUGACCACCUUGGCCGCCACUGAUUGGGCCAGGGUAGACACACCUCACUCAAGGAGAACCAAUCAGAGUUUCUCCUGCUCUUCCAAAGCAUUUGAACUGAGAAAAUGGAUGAGUAAGUUGGCGUCCGAGUGGUGGUGAAGGCGGUGAGCUAGAGAGGGCACAGAGGUCUGCCUGUGAGGUCUUCAGCGCUGGGCAGGCUCAUCAACCCCACGAGACCUAGCUGUGCAUGUUUUUCCUUGGAUUUGCUUGGUAUAACUAUGUUUACAAUAAAUCACACUUUUACUUUA